AUGAGGAGAAGUCUGCGGGCGACAGCGGCCCGCUGCGGACUGGGACUGGGAUACGUGCUGCCCAUGCUGGUGCUGCCUGCCCUGGCACUGCUCAGCGCCAGCGGCACGGGCUCGGCCGCCCAAGACGAUGACUUUUUUCAUGAACUGCCAGAAACUUUUCCAUCUGACCCCCCGGAACCUUUGCCACACUUCCUGAUCGAGCCUGAAGAAGCUUAUAUUGUGAAGAACAAGCCUGUGAACCUGUAUUGUAAAGCCAGCCCCGCCACCCAGAUCUACUUCAAGUGCAAUAGUGAGUGGGUUCAUCAGAAGGACCACAUAGUAGAUGAGAGAGUAGAUGAAACUUCUGGUCUCAUUGUCCGGGAAGUGAGCAUUGAGAUUUCGCGCCAACAAGUGGAAGAACUCUUUGGGCCUGAUGAUUAUUGGUGCCAGUGUGUGGCCUGGAGCUCAGCGGGCACCACCAAGAGCCGGAAGGCCUACGUGCGCAUCGCAUAUCUACGCAAGACAUUUGAGCAGGAGCCCCUGGGGAAGGAAGUAUCCUUGGAACAGGAAGUUUUGCUCCAGUGUCGACCACCUGAAGGGAUACCAGUGGCAGAGGUGGAAUGGUUGAAAAAUGAAGACAUCAUUGACCCAGUUGAAGACCGGAAUUUUUAUAUUACUAUUGAUCACAACCUCAUCAUCAAGCAGGCCCGCCUCUCAGACACUGCAAACUAUACAUGUGUCGCCAAAAACAUCGUUGCCAAGAGGAAAAGCACAACAGCCACUGUCAUCGUCUAUGUAAAUGGUGGCUGGUCCACCUGGACAGAGUGGUCUGUGUGUAACAGCCGCUGUGGACGGGGGUAUCAGAAACGCACGAGGACCUGCACCAACCCAGCACCCCUCAACGGUGGUGCCUUCUGCGAAGGGCAGAGUGUGCAGAAAAUAGCCUGUACCACGUUGUGCCCAGUGGAUGGCAGGUGGACCUCCUGGAGCAAGUGGUCUACCUGUGGGACGGAGUGCACACACUGGCGCAGGAGGGAGUGCACAGCGCCAGCCCCCAAGAAUGGAGGCAAGGACUGCGAUGGGCUGGUCUUGCAAUCCAAGAACUGCACUGAUGGGCUUUGCAUGCAGAGUUUCAUUUAUCCUAUUUCAACUGAACAGAGAACGCAGAAUGAAUAUGGAUUUUCUUCUGCUCCCGAUUCAGAUGACAUUGCUCUGUAUGUUGGCAUCGUGAUAGCAGUGAUUGUUUGCCUGGCCAUUUCUGUGGUUGUGGCCCUCUUUGUGUAUCGGAAGAAUCACCGUGAUUUUGAAUCUGACAUUAUUGACUCUUCGGCACUCAAUGGAGGCUUUCAGCCUGUGAACAUCAAGGCAGCAAGACAAGAUCUCCUGGCAGUACCUCCAGACCUCACAUCAGCUGCAGCCAUGUAUAGGGGGCCUGUCUAUGCCUUACACGAUGUCUCGGACAAAAUCCCCAUGACCAACUCUCCAAUUCUGGAUCCACUGCCCAACCUGAAAAUCAAAGUGUACAACACCUCAGGUGCUGUCACCCCCCAGGAUGACCUCUCUGAGUUUGCAUCAAAACUGUCCCCUCAGAUGACCCAGUCCUUGUUAGAGAAUGAGGCCCUGAACCUGAAGAGUCAGAGCCUGGCAAAGCAGACUGAUCCAUCCUGUACUGCGUUUGGCACCUUCAACUCCCUCGGAGGCCACCUUAUUGUUCCCAACUCAGGAGUAAGCUUACUGAUUCCUGCUGGGGCCAUUCCCCAAGGGAGAGUCUACGAAAUGUAUGUGACUGUACACAGGAAAGAAACUAUGAGACCACCCAUGGAAGAUACUCAGACACUCCUGACCCCUGUGGUGAGCUGUGGGCCUCCAGGAGCCCUGCUGACCCGCCCAGUCAUCCUCACCAUGCAUCACUGCGCAGACCCCAACACCGAAGACUGGAAGAUACAGCUCAAGAACCAGUCAGCACAGGGACAGUGGGAGGAUGUGGUGGUGGUGGGAGAGGAAAACUUCACCACCCCCUGCUACAUUCAGCUGGAUGCAGAAGCCUGCCACCUCCUCACAGAGAACCUCAGCACCUACACCCUGGUCGGCCAGUCCAUCACCAAAGGGGCCGCCAAGCGCCUGAAGCUGGCCAUCUUCGGGCCCCUCUGUUGCUCCUCUCUAGAGUACAGCGUCCGGGUCUACUGUCUGGAUGACACCCAAGAUGCCCUGAAGGAAGUUUUGCAGCUUGAGAGACAGAUGGGAGGACAGCUCCUAGAAGAACCGAAGGCUCUUCAUUUCAAAGGCAGCACCCACAACCUGCGCCUGUCCAUCCACGAUAUCGCCCAUUCCCUCUGGAAGAGCAAAUUGCUGGCUAAGUAUCAGGAAAUUCCUUUUUACCACAUCUGGAGUGGUUCUCAAAGAAACCUCCACUGCACAUUCACUCUGGAAAGAUUCAGCCUGAACACGGUGGAGCUGGUUUGCAAAUUGUGUGUGCGACAGGUGGAAGGAGAAGGUCAGAUCUUCCAGCUCAACUGCACCGUCUCAGAGGAACCCACCGGCAUGGACUUGCCUCUGCUGGAUCCAGCGAGCACCAUCACCACCAUGACAGGCCCCAGUGCUUUCAGCAUCCCUCCCCCGAUCCGGCAGAAGCUCUGCAGCAGCCUGGAUGCCCCCCAGACAAGAGGGCACGACUGGAGGAUGCUGGCGCAUAAGCUCAGCCUGGACAGGUACUUGAAUUACUUUGCCACCAAGUCGAGUCCAACUGGAGUAAUCCUGGAUCUUUGGGAAGCACAGAACUUCCCGGAUGGAAACCUGAGCAUGCUGGCAGCUGUCCUGGAAGAAAUGGGAAGACAUGAAACCGUUGUGUCUUUAGCAGCAGAAGGACAGUACUGA